AUGUCUAGUGCUACAUGUGAAGGUGGUGAGCAUCUCCACCACGAUGAGGGCGGAGACGUUGUGACCUAUGAAGGCUUCACAGGUGAGGUUCAUGAACAAGUGCAAGAGCUUGCAAGACACUUUACAAACAAGUCCUUGGCGUCUGCAAACAACGGCUCUGUUGUCAACGACAAUGACAAUUGGGAUCGUGUCUCAAGAGUGUCGACCAUUGCUCCUGGUGUUAAUCCAAUGGAGGGAAACUUGCAAGAGCUGGACCCGAGAUUGGAUCCUAACGGUGAAAACUUCAACUCCCGCUACUGGAUCAAGAACUUCAAGGCCUUGAUGGACAAAGAUCCAGAACACUACAACAACUAUUCCCUGGGUAUAACUUUCAAGAACUUGAGGGCAACUGGUGAAGCUACAGAUGCAGACUACCAGGCCAAUGCUGUGAACGCUCCUUACAGAUUUGCUAACUCGUUGAUCAAGAAGUACUUGACAUCCGAAGCCGUCAAGCAACAGUCUCAGUUCGACAUCUUGAAGUCCAUGGAUGGUAUUAUCAGACCAGGUGAAGUCCUGGUUGUCUUGGGAAGACCAGGCUCAGGUUGUACCACACUCUUGAAGUCCAUUGCCGGCUACACCCAUGGUUUCAAUAUCGGCGAGGAAGCAGAGAUCACCUAUGAUGGUCUGACCCAGGAUGAUGUUAAGACCAGCUUCAGAGGUGAAAUCGUCUACAAUGCUGAGGCCGAUAUCCACUUUCCUCACUUGACUGUUGGACAGACCUUGUUCCAUGCUGCAAGAUUCAGAACUCCAGAGAACAGAAUCCCAGGUGUCACCAGGGAGGACUACGCUUCUUGUUUGACAGAUGUCUACAUGGCUACGUAUGGUCUAUCUCAUACAAAGAACACCAGAGUUGGCUCUGAACUGGUUCGUGGUGUCUCCGGUGGUGAGAGAAAGAGAGUCUCCAUCGCUGAGGUGUCUCUUGCUGGUGCUAGACUGCAAUGUUGGGAUAAUGCCACGAGAGGUCUGGAUGCUGCGACUGCUCUGGAGUUCAUCAGGGCUCUGAGAACUUCUGCUGAUGUUUUGGACACCACUGCUAUCAUUGCUAUCUACCAAUGUUCUCAAGAUGCUUACGAUUUGUUCGACAAGGUGUCAGUGUUGUACGACGGUUACCAGAUCUUCUUCGGCAGAGGUGAUAAGGCCAAGGAGUACUUCAUCAAGAUGGGCUGGGAAUGUCCACAACGUCAAACCACAGCUGAUUUCUUAACUUCUGUUACAUCUCCAAGAGAACGUGUUGCUCAGAAGGGUUUCGAAGACAAGGUCCCAAGAACUGCAAAGGAGUUUGAAGCUUACUGGAAGAAGUCUCCAGAGUAUGCCCAGCUGAUCAAGGAGAUUGACGAGUCUCUCCAUGAGAACUCACAUGGCUCUACCAGGGAAAGUGCACUGUCUGCUAAGCAUGCCAGACAGGCGAAGAACAUGAGAAAGCAGUCUCCAUACACUGUCUCAUUUGCAAUGCAAGUGAGAUACCUCUUGGCUCGUGAGUUCCAGAGAAUCAAGAACGACUUCUACUUCCAUGCGUUUUCUGCCUUGUCCAACUCGAUGAUGGCCCUUGUGUUAUCAUCGAUCUUCUAUAACCUGAAGAACGAUACCCAUUCCUUCUACUACAGAGGUGCUGCUAUGUUCCUGGCUGUUUUGUUCAACUCCUUCUCUUCUUUCCUGGAAAUCAUGUCUCUGUUCGAAGCCAGACCUAUCAUUGAGAAGCACAAGCAGUUUGCCUUGUACCAUCCUUCUGCUGAUGCCCUAGCUUCUGUUAUCUCCCAGUUCCCUUUCAAGCUCUUCAUUGCCAUUGCAUUCAACCUGAUUUACUACUUCAUGGUUAACUUCAGAAGAAAUGCAGGACGCUUCUUCUUCUACGUGAUUGUCAAUUUGCUGUCUACACUCACCAUGUCUCAUGUUUUCAGAUUGAUUGGCUCGAUGUCUAAUAGUUUGGCUCAGGCAUUAGUUCCUGCUCAUAUCAUCCUGGUUGGUCUUGUUGGUCUCCUUGGUUUCACUGUCCCGACAACGUACAUGCUUGGCUGGUGUAGAUGGAUGAAUUACAUCAAUCCACUGGCAUACGUCUUCGAGGCAUUGAUGGCCAAUGAGUUCCACAACCGUGAGUUUGACUGUUCGCUCUUCCUGCCAGCUGAUCCACGCCAGCACCCAGAGUUGGCUGGUGAGUCCUGGAUCUGUAACGCAGUUGGUGCUGUUGCUGGAGAGCUCACUGUCAAAGGUGAAGUUUACUUGGACCUGGCUUACGACUAUAGAAACACUCAUAAGUGGAGAAACGUUGCCAUUGUUCUUGUGUAUACCUUUGUCCUGUUGCUUGGUUACAUGUUGUUCUCUGAGUACAACGAGUCUGCGAAGCAGAAGGGUGAAGUUUUACUGUUCCAAUGGUCCACUUUGAGACAGCUGAAGAAGGACAAGGCCAAGAACGAUAUUGAGGCCGGUAAAGAGCGUGAUAUCACAGAGGAACCUGAGGAGGAGGACGUCAACGUUGAUGCUAUCCAAGCCGGUAAAGACAUCUUCCACUGGAGAGAUGUCCAUUACACUGUGAAGAUCAAGUCUGAAUACCGUGAGAUUUUAUCUGGUGUCGAUGGUUGGGUCAAACCUGGUACUCUGACUGCCCUGAUGGGUGCAUCUGGUGCUGGUAAGACUACCUUGUUGGAUGUCCUCGCUAGUCGUGUCACUAUGGGUGUUGUCACCGGUAGUAUGUUUGUCAACGGUCACUUGAGAGACUCUUCUUUCCAGAGAUCUACUGGUUACGUUCAGCAACAAGAUUUGCACCUGGCUACCGACACUGUUCGUGAAGCACUGAGAUUCUCUGCUUACUUGAGACAACCUGACACAGUCUCUAAGCAAGAGAAGGACGAGUACGUUGAAGAAGUCAUCAAGAUCUUGGAUAUGCAAAAGUAUGCUGAUGCCGUUGUCGGUGUUGCUGGUGAAGGUUUGAACGUUGAGCAGAGAAAGAGAUUGACAAUUGGUGUUGAGCUUGCUGCUAAGCCAAAGCUUCUGUUGUUCUUUGAUGAGCCAACAUCUGGUUUGGACUCCCAAACUGCUUGGUCGAUUUGUCAGUUGAUGAGAAAGCUCGCCAAUCAUGGACAGGCUAUCUUGUGUACCAUUCACCAGCCUUCAGCCAUCUUGAUGCAAGAGUUUGAUAGAUUGUUGUUUUUGGCUAGAGGUGGUCGUACUAUCUAUUUUGGUGAUUUGGGUAAGAACUCCCAGACUUUGAUCGACUACUUUGAAAGCCAUGGCUCUCCAAAGUGUCCACCUGAGGCUAACCCUGCUGAGUGGAUGCUUCACGUCAUUGGUGCUGCUCCUGGUUCUCACGCUAACCAAGACUACCAUCAAGUUUGGUUGGAAUCUGAUGAGCGUAAGGAGGUGUUGAAAGAACUUGACUAUAUGGAAAGGGAACUGGUUAAGCUGCCAUAUGAUUCAACUGUUGGUCAUAGGGAGUUUGCUGCUCCGUUCUAUGUGCAGUUUGUCCUGGUCUUGAGAAGAGUCUUCCAACAGACCUUCAGAACCCCAGCUUAUCUUUGGUCCAAAUUGCUGUUGUCUAUAUCCUCUGCUCUCUUCAUUGGUUUCAUCUUCUUCAACGCUGACUCGAGUUUGCAAGGUCUUCAAAACCAGAUGUUCUCGGUUUUGAUGUUUAUCACUAUCUUUAAUCCAUUGCUUCAGCAGAUGCUGCCAACUUAUGUCGACUCCAGAGAUCUUUACGAAACCAGAGAACGUCCAUCUAAGGCUUUCUCCUGGAAGGCCUUUAUGCUUUCCCAAAUCGUCUCUGAGAUUCCAUGGAACUCUUUCAUUGGUACUGUUGCCUUCUUCUGCUGGUACUAUCCAGCCGGCUUCUACCACAACUCUCAUGGCACAACUGAGGUGAACCAAAGAGGAUUCUAUGCUUGGUUCUUCUGUGUCAUGUUCCACGUGUACAUUGGUACCAUGGGUCACAUGUGUGUUGCUCCAAUUGAAUUGGAGGAUAUGGCUGGUACUAUUGCCUAUUUGCUCUUCACCAUGUGUGUUACCUUCUGUGGUGUCUUGGUUACCAAGAGUGAACUUCCAGGAUUCUGGAAGUUCAUGUACAGAGUGUCUCCGAUGACGUACUUUGUCUCUGGAUACUUGUCCAAUGCUGUUGCACACUCGACAGUGGAGUGCUCUGAUGAAGAGUUCAGACACGUUGUUCCACCUGAUGGUUUAACCUGUGGUGAGUACUUUGAGCCAUACCUCAAAGCUGCUGGCACUGGUUACCUUGAAGACCCUAACGCUACUGAACAUUGUACAUUCUGUCCAUUGACCAGUACGGAUGAUUGGCUCAACUCUGUUGACAUCAAGUACUCUGAGAAGUGGAGAAACUUGGGUCUCAUGUGGAUCUAUAUCAUCUUCAACAUUGGUGCUGCCAUUUUCUUUUAUUGGUGGGCAAGAGUUCCAAAGAGCAACAAUGCUGUUCAAGAGCUUGCAGCUCCAAGUCCAUCUUCCCCAGGAGGCACUAAGGAAGUUGAAUCCGAUGAGAAGAGAGCCGGUGAUGAGGCCGGAAAUGAAAGCUCUUCCUCCUCUGCUUGA